ACGAAAGUGUUGUCGGCGAACCAGUCUAAAUGCAACCGUAGAAUCGAUCGGAAAAUUGCGGGAUGCGCCUAGUGCUUUGUUCGGGCGGGUGAGUGAAUACUGUUUGGAUAAGGAUGAAUGCUGUUUUCGGGAUACUGAUCCUGGCUCUAGUAUGCUGCUGGUCAGCUCGAGCACAGGAUAGUAUAAUGUCCAUGAUCGAGUUCCUCCAAGAUGGUGGAAAAAGGCUGAACGAUGAACUACCGGAUCGUAAAAACAUCGAUGACGAGUAUGAUUUUGUGAUUGUGGGAGCAGGAUCGGCAGGAUGUGCCCUAGCCGCGAGAUUAUCUGAAAUUAGUGACUGGAAAGUUUUACUCAUAGAAGCAGGUGCAAAUGAAAAUCUACUAAUGGACGUUCCGAUGUUCGUGCACUAUCUUCAAAACUAUGACGUAAAUUGGGAUUAUAGAACAAAGCCAAGCGAUGAGUAUUGUUUAGCGUUUAAAAAUAACCAGUGUCGAUUCCCACGCGGUAAAGUCAUGGGCGGAUCCAGCGUCCUCAAUUAUAUGAUAUACACUCGGGGAAAUCGGAAAGACUUUGAUAGUUGGGCAGAGGCCGGAAAUGAAGGAUGGAGCUAUAAGGAUGUGCUGCCAUAUUUUCAAAAGUUAGAGCACAGUGUGGUUCCUAAUGCAUCAGCAGAGUACGCCGGAAAAGAUGGGCCAUUAUCGAUUUCCUAUGUGCCUUAUAAGUCCCGAAUAGCCAAAAGGUUUGUGGAAGCUGCUAUCGAAUCAGGUGCUCCUUAUGUAGACUAUAACGGGCCAAGCCAAAUCGGAGUUUCCUUUGUUCAAAGCUCAACCAAAAAUGGUUACCGUGAUAGUACUAAUGUAGCUUAUUUAUAUCCGCUAAGAAAUAGAACUAACCUUCACGUUAAAAAGAAGAGCCAUGUUACCAAAGUUAUCAUAGAUAAAGAAACAAAAAGUGCGGUAGGAGUGAAAUUUUACUACAAGCGCAAAUAUUACGUCGUAAAAGCGAGACACGAAGUUAUCCUUUCAGCUGGUGCCAUUGGAUCACCUCAUCUGUUGAUGUUAUCUGGAAUUGGUCCCAAGGCACAUUUGGAGCAAAACGGUAUCAAGUCAAUCAUGGAUCUACCGGUGGGCUACAAUUUCCAAGAUCAUACUGCUGCGGGUGCCCUUACAUUCCUGGUUAACAACACUUCCAGCAUGAUGGUUGAGCGAAUGAUGAAUCUAAAGAAUUUUAUGAAUUAUCAGUUGAAUCAUGACGGACCAUUUACGUCGAUUGGGGGAUGUGAAACGAUUGGCUUUUUCGAUUCAGAGCAUCCCGGUGAUCCCGAUGGCUGGCCCGACUAUGAACUGCUUCAAAUCGGCGGAACAAUGGCUGGGGAUCCAUCCUUCGAGUUAAACUUCAAUUAUAAACAUGAAACAUUCCAGAAACUUUUUGGAGAAAUCCAACGGAGCGGCCUAAGCGGAUUCACUGUUUUCCCGCUCAUUCUUCGACCUCGCAGUAAAGGACGAAUCUAUCUCAAAAGUGGCAAUCCAUUUCGCUAUCCUGUAAUUGAACCGAACUAUUUUUCUAAUCCUUACGAUCUAGAUAUUUCUGUGAAAGCAAUUCGAAAGGCUUUAGAAAUCGUGAAACAACCGGCAAUGCAACGUCUGAAUGCUCAUCUUUUGCCGAUACCAAUGCCAGGAUGUGAACAUUUGGAAUUUAAUUCCGAUGAAUAUUGGCGGUGCUUCACCAGACACGCUACCUACACUAUCUACCAUCAUGUGGGCACAUGCAAAAUGGGUCCUCGAAAGGAUCCGUCUUCGGUUGUUGAUCCCAGGUUGCGGGUGCAUGGUAUUAGGGGACUCCGAGUGGUGGAUGCGAGUAUAAUGCCAAAAGUAACAGCGGGACACACCAAUGCACCUACGAUAAUGAUCGCCGAAAAAGCAGCAGACAUAAUCAAAGAAGACUGGAAUAUGGUCCGGCGAUAAUUUGACCUAAAACGCAUAUGCGAAUCUCAGAACGGCAUUAUCAUAUGUGAUUUAUUCUAUGCAAAGACUGUAAAUAAAUAUUAGAAGAAACCAUCCUUACACAAGUGUUUUCAUUCAUGUGGCCUUGAGAACAUCAUGCAAAUCUUGUAUCUUUUAGAAAAUCAGCAUGAAGAAAACAUGAAUGACAAGUUCACAGCAGUAGAACCUUCUAAAAAUUGAGGCGCAAGUUGAUAUCAAUCAGAGCUUCCUGCCAACUGAAUAAACUAAUCAACACCAAAGCCGCAGUAACUACCACAGUAAUUUGCAGCGAAUCACGCAGCUGCGUGUAUCGAUAUGAAUUGCACAAGUCAGUAGCACCUUCGAGUUUUAUGGACUGCAAAGCAGCGAGAUGCAAAUUGGAUUUCCUGCACUGCAGUAGCGAAAUCUGGUUACUCCGCCUCCGCAGCUUGUCGUUAGAAAAUAUUGCGGCGACGCGGUGAGCUUUAGAGAGUCUAGUGAAUUUGUAGAAAAAGCCAUUGUCGGUGAGUUGAAUCUAUAUAACUGUACUUAUUUCAAGGACACAAGUUGAUAGUUCCAUUAUAAUACCGAAUGUUGCUCGACACGAACAAUGCAUUGGAGGAAAAUCAUCUUCCGGGAAAAUAUUCACGAUUAGCGUGCUGUUUCGUCAUAGAGGGCACCGCGUGCAUUGUAAACGAUGCAGCAGUGUGCGAAGGCAGCAAAACUUAACGCUUUGUGCAUUACAAUAGCCGUGAUCACGAUCAUCCCGGUAGCGGAAUGUUUAUUGCAUUAAUGCACUGCUAGAGUCCGGUAUCAAUCAAAUAUUGCUUACUGGAGCUAUCAAACCUUGAGCACAUCUUGAUAGAAUCAGAAGGUCCCAUUUAAACUACCCUUUUUCUAUUGUGUGGUGUGAAUGCAGUGAUCAGUGAUUGGAAAUAAAUUGUAAUACGUCACAAGCUGUUAUGACUGCAAUGCAUGGGAGCAGGACUGCUAUAGAUCAAUAACAAAACGGACGAAGGAGACGUAUUAUAUCUCCCUGUACAAUAAAGUGAAUGGUUAAAUAAUACUCCUGAAUUAUCAUAUUCGUUAUAGGUGUUUUUUUAAACCGAAAAGAAACACUCCGUUGUUAAAUUCACUCAUAAUAGUCUAUAAAACCAAUAUAACACAUGCGAAAACGAAGUGGAACGAAAAGUUACCAAUGAAAUCAAUUUAGUAUACGAAACCAGCGUGUGUGAAACAUGUAUUGUGACCAUAUAAUAAUUUAUUUAAUGCCAAUCAUUUUGUGAAUCCUAACGACCUUGUUUGAUGCUUUUCUUGAAAUUAGUGAAAAAGUCAAGAAAAACUUAAGUCCUUUUUAGUCAGUUUCCAAAUGAUGCAUCUGGAUAUUAUGCCAAAUAAAAGCUCUGUAGUUGUUUUAUAAAAUGCUAACUUCGGGUUCUGGACCUUUUCUGUAGAGAAAAAAGCACCCCGAAAUUGCCAAGUUUUUUUCAAGAAAAAUAUUUUUUUUCCGUUAUGUAAAUCUAUUUGUCACUUUUGUCAUCUUGCCCUUAAGUUCGUAUUAACUUGGAGUAAUAAUCUAAAUUUUCAGUAAAUCUAUCAAGUCUAACCCGACUUCUUGCAGUUUUGGUGAUUUUGACGGCAUUUUUAGUAAAAACAAAAAUCUUCAAGGAACGUUUUACCACAAAUUGCGUAUCUUCUGGUAAAGUAGGUAGUUCUGGUAAGGUACAGUGAUAAUCCAAAUUUUCUGUAAAAUCUAUUAAGUCUGCUAGACUAUAGUGAACUAUAGUAAACUAU